UUUUCUCUUACUGAAGGCUGCUGACUUCAGCAAGUUAAAAGGAAGCAGAUAAACCUGGAUUUCUUCUCUCUCCCCAGCAUGAGGAAUCUCUGCUUGGAUUGUGCAUCAUCUGGGCCUUACUCAGGGUCUGCUUGGUGCCCAUUUUAAGGUGUCAACCUGAAUGCUUGCACCGCUGCGAGGACCUGCUGCAAUGGACUCCCAGGAGGAGCUGGCCCUGGAGAUGGAGUGUGCCAUCUGCUACAGCCAAUACAACAAUGCCUUUCAUGCCCCCAAGGUGCUGCAGUGCCAACACACCUUCUGCCUGGAGUGCCUGGCCCGUAUCAACGUCAAGUGCCAGCUGCCAGACACUAUCCAAUGCCCCAUGUGCCGGUCCUACACCAGGCUCCCAGACAGCGGGCCUCCCAAGCUAGACAACAACCUUGCCAUCCUAUCUUGCCUUCCAAAAGGCAUGAAUAGGACCUGCAGCAUCCACUUCAGCCGCAGCAAGGGCAGGCUCUGGCUCAAGCAACUGCCUGAGGUCUCCCAUGGGACUGUGGUGCCACAGAUCUGCAUGAGCAAUAUCAGCCACAGCUUGGACGUGGGCCGCCCACCAUGGCAAGAGAACCAGCUGCACCAGGAGGAUCAGUGGAGCCGCUGGAGCUGCUUGGACAAACCUUUGUGCCGCACUCUCCUGGUGGUGGCAGUCAUGGUCACAGUCACCCUCAUCAUCAGCUCCACCCUGUUCUUCAUUCUGCCUCCUUCCAGCAGAGCCAGUCACAACAUGACAGCUCUCAGCCCACUUGUGGCAACCGACAGCUCCCCCUGAGUGUCUGCCACCAGGAAGCUGAGAGGAGCAGGGCUGGCUCUGGGCAAAAAACUGUUCAGGAUGUGCCCCUUUCUCACAGCUGAGUCUUUGCUCU